GGUGUGAUAAACGAACACGAAUAGCAGUGUACAGGUAUAUGAAGCAGUAUGAAGUAAAUGGCAUUUUAAAAAUAACUACGCAGUCUGUCGAAUAGGAUGUCACGUCGUUAAACGCGUACAUUGUUGUAGUGUAAAUUUUUAAGAAAACCGUGAAUAUUUCUUAAAAAGAGAAAAUAGUUUUUCUAACAAUUUUUCGCAAUUGUUUAACACGGAUUACGUGAACAUUUUUCGUUUUCAAAAAUUGUUGCUGAGCAAAGUUCGGAAUCCGGGUUCGGUGAAAUCGUACUUGAUGCAUAGAUAAUGUGAGUGAGUGUAAUAUAAAGUAAAAGUUUCUGGCUAAAAUUCAUGGUUUGAAAACAAGUGAGAGAGAAAAAGACUAAGAAUCUUCCAAAAAAAAGUUCGGUGGCAACAAAACAAUCUGAAAAUUAAUGUAGUUUUAUAUUGAAAAGCAAAAAUAUAUAAAGUGAAAUUUUCCCUUAUUAAUUUUUCUUAUUUUCAUUCUUACUUGCGCUGUCAUCAUCAUUUUGACAACUCUCCACGCUUUUGGGAAUGUGCGUAUGUGUUGGAAUGGCGUGGUGUGUAAUGCUUUGUGUGUGGUAAAGUGGUGAAUUUGUAUACUAGCGGUUGCCAUUUGAAGCAAACAAAAGCAAAUGCAAAAGCAAAAGCAAAGCGGUAAAUAGGCGCGUAUAGAAGAUAAUUAAAGUUGUUAUCAAAUAUUGAAAUUAAAUACUAAUUGUGCCAAAUGCAACAAACAACCAUAGCAUUGAUGAACUAAACAACAUGAAAUCGAAAGAGAUAAUACACUCGGAUGAAAGAAAUAAAAUUAAAGUGUUUAAUAUAGCAUCUGCUGUUCAGAAGUGUUGAGUUUAAAUUAAUCUAAAAUUUAAAAUAUUAAUAUUUAUUUUAUCACUGCCUGGAUUAAUAACUUAUUAUAAAGGUGAGAGUAAAUGGGAGAGCAGCUGAAAAAAGCGAGUGUAACCCUGUGGGUGGAGUUGUAUUUAUAUACAUGUACAUAGAUAAUAAAAAAACGUAUGUAUGUGUAUUGGUUGUAAAUAUGCGUUAUGAAAACAUUUCUUUCGUGGUUCUAUGCAAGUUUACGGACUCCACUAGUAAUGACAAGAAGAUUCUGUGUAGUUUUGAAAAAUGGGCACAGCUACAAAGGUGCUAAGACCAAUAUACGUAUUCAUAACAUCAAUUGCAACUAAAGCCACUGAAAAGUACACGACAAGUUGACCGCAGCUGUUACAUAUAGCAUUUCAACACUUUGACGAGCCACUUUCCUCCCACCGUGUCUUCAGCCUUUAUUUAAACUUGCCUUAAUAUAAUUUUCCCAGCAUUCGCUGUAGUAAGAUUCCCAUAAAUUCCUCUGUUAUUUUAAAACCAAUACUAAUAUCAAUCAAUCAAUUUGUGUUCGAAUUAUGAUGGUGUUACUGAUUAGUUUGCCAUUCGGGAAUGGGCUAACGAGUGUCAAAAAAUUUAAUUACGCAUAAUUGUCACAACUGAAAAAUCAUAAAAGAAAAAACUUCUUAAACAAAAAAAUUUAGAUACAAUUUAUACAAAACUAUAAAAACUUGAAAGUUUUUAACUGAAACAUAAAAAUAAACCGAAAAUAAAUAGAAACACUGCAACGUAUAUAUUUCAAAACUCUUCAUAAUGAGUCGAUACUAUAAUAACAGUACGGGUGGUAACAGUACUAAAGCCCUUAAUUUGACUGCCAAUGCUACUGUCAAAAAGAUGUCCACAAGACGGCAAGUUGAGCACGAAAAUGGUUUCUAUGACCAAGGUGCGGAUGACAAGCAUUUCAUGGGUGUUGCUGGUGGCAGCGGUACCAGCAGUGGAAAACGCACCCGUCAGCCUUCGGCGGAGCAGUAUGUGAACGGUGGUCGCAGCAAGCGACAAAAGGUAAACAUGUGGACAUCGAAUUCCACAACAUUACCAGUUAACGCUCAUAUUGCUACGCAUGGCGAAAGCAAAUAUCCACGACAAGGCGCUUUAACGACUACAACAACUAAUAACAAACAAGAACAACGUAACCAAUACUAUUCCAAUAAUAACACUAAACGUUAUGCACAAUCUCAAAUGCUAGCACAGCAAUAUCAACCACAGCAUCAACAUCAACAAGUUAGCAGUACAUCGUCAAAUAAAAAAUCUGCAACUAGUAAUAACAAUAACAAUAAUAUUAAUAACAACAAAAACACUUACUAUAUGCAACUCAAUGCAAAAACAAAUACAUUACCCGUGGCUGAAACAAUCGAAGUGCCUGACAGCAGUGAUAGCGAUAAUGAUAAUGAUAAAGCUGAUAAAAAAUUGCUAACACAGGGAGCCAAUAACGAACAUUUGGCAAAUGGUGUAGGUGGCAGUAGUGGUAUGCCGACGCUUAUUGUGAGUGGUAGUAGCAGCAGCAACAGCAAUAGCAACAGUAAUAGUCACUCAACGACUACUACUCAUGCACAACAACACCAGCAACAAAACAAAUUCAAGUAUGAACAGCAGCAACAACAAUUGAAUGCCAACGGCGCCAGUAGCAGUGGUCAAGCAUCAAGUAAAAAUAGGGAAAGCAGUCGCAAAGGUGAUGCUUCCAGCGGCAACAAUAAUGCAGAUUUAGAACGCAUGCAACGUGAGAUUGAAGAAGUUACACAAGUUCACACCAAAUGCACUGCAACGGAAGAGGAAAAAGUGAAUUUGUCACAUUUCAAACUGAUACGUGUACUUGGAACUGGGGCCUAUGGCAAAGUGUUUCUGGUGCGUAAGAUUGGUGGUGAUGAUGACAUGACAUUAUAUGCCAUGAAGGUGUUAAAGAAGGAUACUGUGGUGCAAAAGAAGAAGACAGCCGAACAUACCACAACCGAACGACAAGUUCUUGAGGCUAUACAACAAAGUCCAUUCCUCGUUGGCAUGCACUAUGCAUUCCAAACGGAUUCGAAAUUAUAUUUAAUUUUGGAUUACGUUAGUGGUGGCGAACUAUUCACACAUCUCUAUACAGCCGAACACUUCUCGGUGCCUACUGUGCGCAUUUACAUUGCCGAAGUAGUGCUCGCAUUGGAACAUUUGCACAAACUGGGUAUAAUAUACCGUGAUAUAAAACUCGAAAAUAUACUCUUAGAUGGACAGGGUCACAUAGUGCUUGCCGAUUUCGGUUUAUCAAAAAUAUUCGAACCUGAUUCGGAUCAUCGUGCGCAUAGUUUUUGUGGUACAUUGGAAUAUAUGGCGCCAGAAAUUAUACGCGCCGGUGCUACUGGACAUGAUCUCGCUGCCGAUUGGUGGUCUGUGGGCGUACUCACCUACGAAUUGCUCACCGGCGCCUCGCCUUUUACAGUUGUCGAACAACAAAAUUCUCAAGUCGACAUUUCACGUCGCAUACAAAAAGUCGAUCCGGUAUUGCCGUCGACAUUAAAUGAUACAGUCAAAGACUUUAUAUUGAAAAUGUUGCAUAAGGAUCCCAAAAAACGUUUAGGUGGUAAUAGUAAAAAUGCUGCUGAAAUCAAAAAACAUCCGUUUUUCAAAGGUAUCGACUGGGAUGAGCUUAAGAGUAAGCGACGAAAAGCACCAUUCAAGCCGAAACUGGAUAGCGAAGAUGACACUCAGAACUUCAGCGAGGAAUUCACCAAACAGCCAGUGAUCGAUUCUCCUGCACCGGUUCCUGUUAAUACACAUAGAUUGUUUCGUGGUUACUCCUAUGUGGCACCGCAGCACUUAAAAUCGCUAAGAGCAACGCAAAAGGUGUAUGACGUCGAGUAUUCGAAAGAUCCAAUUGUGCAUCCAACGACCUGUCCGCCCUCACUUCAAUUAGGCAACCAUUUGAGUAAAGGCAGUUUUGGCAAUUGUUACAUCCUCAAUCACAAAGACAAUGAUAAGCAUUUCAAUCGUGUUGCCAAAGUAAUAUCGGAAAAAUUAUACCGACCUGCCGAGGUAGACGCUUUAAGAUCUUGUAAUCAUCGGAACAUAUGUAAAUAUGUAGAUACGUACCGUUAUGGAUCUAAUAUUUGGAUUGUGUUGGAACAUAUAGCUGGCGCUGAACUACAACAAUUCGUUCAAGCGUCUGGCGGCCUCUCUGAGUCACAAUGCUGUGAUAUAUUCAUUCAAAUUUGUGAUGCUGUGCAAUAUUUGCACUCAAAAAAUUUCAUACACGGCGAUUUAAAACCCGAAAAUAUACUAUUCACCGAUACGCAAAUGAAACGUAUCAAAUUGGUAGAUUUCGGCUCAGCCAGCUACAAUACGAGCGGCAAUACUUGGCAAGAUACUCCUCGUUACACACUCGACUAUGCGCCACCUGAAAGCCUUACAGACCCACAAUGUACAAUAUACUCAAAAGCCUAUGACAUCUGGUGUCUCGGUGGAACACUUUAUGCUAUGUACAUGGGCCAUCCGCCAUUUCGGCGCGCUCAAAACGAACAAGUACCCGAGCGGGUGGUGAAACAGCGUAUUAUUGAUGGGGAUUUACAAAAUAAAUCGUCCCGCUGGAAGAACGCUAAACCGGCAAUGAAGCAGCUCAUCACAGAAUUCUGUUUGCAACAUGAUACCGCUAAGCGCGCAUCCAUUGAGGGUUUAUUAGGCCACCAAUUCCUCUGUGCUAAAUUCGAUGAGCUACAAAAGAUACUUCGCCGUUUGAACCGCCAACAAUCGAUGGAAGCGGCAAGCACCGAUGAUGAUGGUGAUGAUGAGGGGGAUGCAGUUGCGGUUGAUACAAUUGAGGAAGAAGAAGAGAUAGCAGAAGAAGGCGUUGAUGCGGCGCAUUUAGCUGAUCAAAUAGCUGAAAAUGCGAGUGUUGAUGAAGGUGAACAGCUUGUAAAUAAUGAACAUGCUGAGGCGGAAAGUGCGGAUACCGAAUUAAAUGAAGAGAAGGCUGCUAUGGAAAUAGCGGGAGAAGGGCACGAAGUGCAACCUCCAGUACUAGAAGCAAUCGAGGAACUGGGCAAUUAUAAAGAAUGGCAAACGCAACAGGAACAACAACAAGCUCCCAGUUUAUCGCACGAAUCUGAUACACGAUCUUCACAUGAACGACUCGAAUCAGAGGGUGACACCACCAGCGGCUUAGGGCGCAGCAAAUCCUCUGAUCAUACACUGAUUGAACGACAGACAUUAAGUGUGAAUAGUUUGAAUGGUUUGGAUGUGAGUGGCGAACAAAUCGAAUGUGGCGAACUCAUAGAACUUGAGUGUGUUACCAGUGAAAAGACUGUAAGCGCAGAUGAAUUGAACGAUAGCAUGCUAGAGGACGAAGUGGAUGUCGAAGGAUUUGUUGGUUUUGAUGAGGAUGAAUUGAUUGAACGUAAAGUAAACUACAUAGAUAUACUAUUAGCGCAGAUUGAACAGAAUAAGACUGCUAUUGUGGAAAGUGACAAGAAUGAAAUAGACGAAACGGAAGUGCUAACGAAGACUGAGCCAGCUUUUGAAGAUACGAAUGGAAAUAUAAGUGCAAUUAAAGAAAACGCUGAUACUGAAGUGAAUGAAGCGUUUAAGGAACUAGAAAAUGACAGCCUGCAUAAGGAAACUAAUAAUAUCAAUACAACAGCCAAACUUUCCAAAGACAAGGCGUAUGUGCAAACGCAAAAACUAAUAACAAAUAAUAAAAAGCAACGAAAUGUUAAACAACUGCGUACGAAUAAGCGAUUGAGUCUGAAGGAAAAUAAAACUAAUGAAAGCAUUAAAGCAACGGAAGAGGCAGAACUAUCUUUACCGACAAUAGAGCGUUCAGUUGAUACUGGCGUAAAAAAGAAAGAAGAAUUAGAGAUUGUAAAAGACAUCAGUGAAAUCAAAAAAGAAUUACCAUUAUCAGCACAAUCCAAAACAAUACGAUCUCGGCGCAGUCGCCGUAGUUUACGUAUACCCACACACGAUGAUGAAAACAACUGGCUGGGUAUUUCAACGCAAAUGCGUGCAAAAUACGCACAACGUUACAAAGCACGUUAUCGCGUAUUCACGAUUCUACUAUUUAAUACACAAAACGCUUUACGUCAUUUCAAAUUCGAACGUCGCUACUAUGAAUACGAAACGCCAAAAGAGAACGAAAUUCCGGAAGAGGAUACUAUAUUAUGGUCGAAUAAUAGCGAUAAAAAAUUAGAAAAUAAUGAAAAUGUAGUCAAUGAUGAAAAAACAAAUAAUAUUAGAAUUGGCAAUAGUAAAAAAACGAUUCAAAAGCAAACUAAUCGUGAAAUCACUGCGCCCGUUUCCAAAAGCGAAAUACACAUUCUCAAGAAUUUAGAAAAACAAGAAAUUACUAGAAAUGAAAGUCACAUCAAGGAUGCUGUACCUUCAACGGCAGCUCAUUUACUUCCAGCUGGCACGCUGCGUACAUUACGCCAACGUCACGUAUACAAAUGAUUGGCGCAUCAAUUGCGAAUUAUGGUGGAUCUAGAAUUCAUAUUGGGCUAUCGAUAUGGCCAAAAGGCAGAUUAUUAUUACAUAUUUAAUUUUCAUAUCCUUUUGAAUAAUCUUUGUAAAUUCAGCUAUGUUAUAAUUUAAAGCCAACAGAGUUAAUGGCUUGCAUUCAAUGAGUCUGUGUGUGUGUAACAAAGAGAGGUGUAGAUAUUAAAUGCGAGACAACCGUUUUUACUCCAUAAUACUUACUUACUUUAAUUCUUAAUAUUAUGUAAAUGACGUUUAAAAUAAUCAUGAACGUUUUUUUUACCUUUAAAUAUGCAUUAUGAAAACAAAAAGUACUGAAAAAACUGUCAUUAUUAACAGUUUUCUUCUUUAUAUUGGGUUACAACAAUAAAUUCAUUUUCUAAUUAACAAACUAUACAAUAUAUGGAAAUUAAAAACAACACAGAGUGCAGUGGUCGAAGGAAUAGAAACUCAGGUAUAUACAUACAUACAUAUUUAAAACCAUAAAAUGCUGCACAUUUCCCAAUUAAUAAGAUAACUAAUGAAAUUUUCGUUGCACGUUUGAAAACAUUUUUACUUUCCAACGCAUUUAAUUACCUCUCUUAUUACGCGCUCAUUUCGUAUUAUAUAUAUAUAUAUAUAUAUACGUAUAUGUAUAAACUAAUUGUCAUAUUUUAUUGCAAGUACUAAAACCGAAAAUUAGUAUUUAAUGGAUAAUGAAUACAGCGUUGAAAAACUUAUUGUACCUAUAGUUCAAUUUAAACGAUAUUUAAAGAUGUGAGCAAUAAAAUUAAAUAAUAAUGAUAAAAAUAAAAAUAGCACCGAAUAUAAAUAUGAAAAAAAAGUUAUAUUUUGACUGUAAUAAAUAAAUAAGGAACAAAAGCAUAGUUUUUGUAGUUAAUAGCAAAUUGAGGUGAAUAUCACACUAAAAUACUUUAACUAAACCAAAAACAAACAGAAAACAUGAAAUUGAAAAAUGUAUGAAUUGAAUGAAGUUGAAAACUAACAAUAUAUGUACAUAUGUAGGUAUGUAUAUGUAUACAAAAUACAUGUGUAAAUUUCGCCAAAUAAUAGUAACAUUAUGAACAAUUGCAGCUAAUACUGUAUGUGUUUACAAUAAUUUUCACCAACAAUUAAUAUGAAAGUGAAAAGUGUAUGAUUUUCAAUAAUAUUAGUCCGCAUAUAGACACCUAUAUAUAUAUAAAACGCUGAAAGGAUUCACCACACAAAUGAAAAAGACUUCUUUUGAGCGUAUAACGGUAGUUUCUAGAUAAAAAAAAUUGAUAUUUACAAACGCAUACUAAUUUUUCUUAAAAAAAAAACAAUAAUUUUCAA